AUGUUAUAUAUCACAUUACUGUUGUUUUGUAUAAUCCAAGCUUUAUCACAACCGGUAGCAAACAACUUGGAAACAUCCGUUUCAAUUAACACUACUAAGGUUCAAACAGAACUUGAAAAAAAAGUGAUCCCCCGGUUUCAAAGUCAUAUAGACCGUAUCACCAAACGCCUUCCUGAGAUAAAGCACCAAAUUCAACUUCGUAUACAAAAAGUGACUCGUCGGCUUACUGCAACAAAAAAGAAGAUUGAAGAGAUCAAAGUGAAUAUGAAUCGUCGCCUUCAAAAGAUGGACGAACUUGCAAAACAAAAGACGGAUCUCAAAAAAACGAUCGACCAACUGAAAAAUUCCAAAACGGACCAAAAAUAUGUGAAAACCGAAGCCCGUUAUAACCAAAUAGCUUUACAAUGGAAAAGAAAUGAUUUUAUUAUUAAGAAAAUGCAAGGCAAUUUAAGCCAUUUUGUCAAAAAUCAAGAACACUUGACAGCAAUGCUCAGACGUCAAAACAAAUUUUUGAAAAAUGUUGACGCCCUUCACGCGACUCGUGUCAAAAGAAACACCGCCCAAAUCGAGAAAAUAAAAAAAUUGAUUCAGAAGUACGAAAAACAAAAAUCAGAAAAACUGAAAAAGCAAGACGAACUCAAUAAUAUCAAGAAAAAUGGAAAACAUCAAAGUACUCACACUGUCUCAAAUGAGAUUGCGUGGUACGAAAAGAAGGAAAGCAAAGCUUCUCGAAUGAUGAGUGACAUGUUAAAAGCGAUGAACACUCGACAAGCCGCAAAGAGUCGGUUUAAAGAAGUCAAAGAAAUUUUAACAGAUCGUAUGAAUGAGAUAAAACAAAAACUUCAAAUAGAAAAAAGUCUUGCACGGCGCGUCACAAUACAAAAGAAAAUUUUGAAAAAAAAACUGAAACAAAGUCAGAAGAAAAACGUCAACACAACGGAGAAAGAUAAAAUCAAACAACAAAUUUUUGACGUCAACAAGAAGAUUACCGGAAUGAAAAAGAAAAUUCGAAAGAACACGUUGACGCUACGUGGAUUGCAAAGGCGAAUCAAUCGGGCCAAUCGGAUUUACACGCAGAAAAAGAGAAGUUUAGAUUUGAAAUUUACGAAAGGACAGUUUAUAGAAUUGAAAGAGGAAAAGCACAUGCUAAUUGGCGAGGUAAGACGACUUGAACAAAAAUAUAACAAAAUGGAGAGAGAUGUCCUGUUGGGGAAGCUUGAAAGUUCAGAGAAAGAACCAUUGAAGGCAGUUUUAAAGGCGUUAAGUGACGAGUUGAAUAUCCAGCGAUCGAGAUUGGAAAAGGUUGAUUUGAAAUUAACGAUGUACUUUGCUGAAAAGAGAAAGAAGGUCACUGAAAGAAUAUCUCAACUGAAGAAGAAAGUCGAUAUAACAGAGAAGAGACUUGUCAUGAUGAGGAGGUUACGAGGAAUGGCAGAGAAGAAGGUGAUCUCUGAAAAACAAAAAGGCAAACGAAAAAUGUUAUUGCGAAAGAUCAGAAAAAUGGGGCAACAGAUUGCUGCUGUUCGGAGGAAAGUCGCCUCAUUGACACAUAGGUAUAGACAAAUGAUAAUGCGUAGUUUAAAGGCUAAAAAGCGGGUUUUACGCCGCAAUCUCGCCCUUGAAAAAAAGCUCAAAGUGAAACUUGCUGAGUUUACCAUGAGGGAAACGAACUAUAAAAAAUCUGAAAAACUCAAAGUUCUUGUACCUCAAGUCAUCCGGCGGCGGAACGAGAAGCAACUGAAACUUCAAAAAAUUCAAGCGAAAAUUAAACUUAUUGAACAAGACGUCCAACGUGAAGAGGCUGAAGUGAAAGAGGUUCGCAAGCUGAUACAAAUUGAAGCACAAAUGAAACAAAAUGAAUUAAAACAAAAGUUAACCAAAUUAGCUGCCCGAUAUGAGCAACUGCGCAAAACGAAAGGUGAAGGAGCUAAAGAAAUACAGAAAAUGUUAAAAAUGAAAAUACUCCGAUUACGUGAUCGAUAUAACCGGAAAAAACAAAUUCAAAUUAAACGAAAACGGGACGAAGGGAUUAAAAAGUUGAAUACUGUUCUUCAAGGUGGCGUCAAACGUAUCAAAAAAGUCGUUUUACUUCGAAAACGGGUGCGCCAAAUCGAGGCCCAAAUCACAGAAGCGAAAAAGUUGGAAGACAAAUUGUCCAAAGCACAAGACGUCAAAGGCGUUGAAGAACAAAUUGAUAAGAAGCGACAAGAACUCCGCGAAUUAGUCAAUCGCCUCACGUUGAAAAUCAAUAAAAUCAAAUUUGUCCGACGCAAGACAGCGACGUCACUCUUAAGAACAGUAGGAGUGGUUAGAGGCGUCUUCGAAGCGACUAUUAACGCACAAGAAGUCCAUCGCGCGGAACUUGUUGUGAGACAAAGUGAGUUGGACACACAACUGAAUAGCUCGAAGAAUUCCGUUGAGCAAAAGAGAGAAAUUGGGAGUAAACUGUUUGAUGUUCGAAACGACUUGGAACGCAUCGGGACGGACAUCUUCGAGAUGAAAGACCAAAUAUCGAAAUUCACGAAAUUGGUCGAAGUCGCGACAAGAGACGUCGACGAAGAAGUCAACGAAAAGGAUAAAUGCGAGUUAUGUCAAAGAAUAGCAAAGGUUGCGGUGAAGGAACAUGCUUAUGACGCAUUUGGUCGAAUCAUGACGAUGAAGAAUAUGGAUAAGAUCUGUAGAAGGGCCAAACAUCAGUUGGAGUGCUAUAAGUCACUUAUAGAAGUUGGGAAACGAGUGUAUGAAAGAGGAACUACCCCAUAUAUGGUAUGCAAAGAUAUUAAUAAAUGUAACUGA